AUGAUCAGCUACAUUAUCAGCGGAAUGCGUUCCGUGCGCGCAUCUCCACGCAACUCCCAUCGAACUCAAAUCGAGGUUCUGAUGGUAGGAUCACCGCGCGGAAGCGUCGCGGAAGGUUGUAUCAAAGGGUACGACAUGUCGCCGCCCCACUCAGAUAACUCGGUUAUCUGGCCCCUUCCGCCCGUCCUCGUUUUCGAACGAUCACGUCCUCCUACUGGGGGACUUCAACCUUCCCCACCCUGCCUGGGGCGGCGAGACCGGGAUGCCCUUUCUAACCAGUUACUUGACUUAAGGGAUAGAAGGUGCCUGGACCUCUGGCUAGAGCCGGGCACCACUACCAGAGAAGAAGCCGGAGCGAAGAUCACGAUCGACCUGGUCCUCGGCUCGCAGGACCUGACCCCUAGGCUCGUUGCCUUGGAGGUCACUGAAAAGAUCCACGCAGAUUCCGAUCACCUACCCAUACGGACCCUUAUCGACAUCCAAACCAAGACCCCGGAGGCGUAG